UAAAGAUUGUCGUUUAAACGUAUUCUCGGAGGCUCAAAGCACUAUCGCUGAAUCUGGUUUUGUCGCGCACGAAAUAGCGUAUUUGGUUCCAAAGCCAAAACUCAGUCGAAUUCAAUUCUUGAGAAGGAAGCGGAAACAUGGGAGAAUCAAACCCAACCACCAACAUCCAAGACGAUUUACUACUCAAAAAUUUCUUCGCCGAAGUCAGCGAAGUCGAAAGAGACAACGAAGUCCUCAGGAUUCUUGGUUGUUUUAAGUUGAACCCAUUUGAGCAUUUGAACCUAUCCUUUGAUUCAUCGAUCGAUGAAGUGAAGAAGCAGUACAGAAAGAUAUCAUUGAUGGUUCAUCCUGAUAAAUGUAAACAUCCACAAGCAAAGGAGGCUUUUGGAGCACUAGCAAAAGCCCAACAAUUAUUACUCGAUGAAAAUGAAAGAGAUUAUCUUCUUAGCCAAGUUAAUUCAGCAAAAGAAGAACUUAGAGUAAAGAGAAAGAAACAUCUGAAGAAGGAUACAGCCUCAAAAAUGAAGUCCUUAGUUGAUGAGGGAAAAUAUGAUAAGCAAUAUGAACAGUCAGAAGAAUUCAAGCAGGAGCUCAAACUCAAAGUUCGUGAACUAUUAACCGAAAAAGAAUGGAGGAGAAGGAAAAUGCAAAUGAGGAUAUCAGAGGAGGAAGGAAGAUUAAAAAAGGACGAAGAGGAACAGAAGGAAAUGUGGAAAAGAAAGCGUGAGCAUGAAGAGCAAUGGGAAGGAACAAGAGAAAAAAGGGUAUCUAGCUGGAGAGAUUUUAUGAAGGGUGGAAAGAAGAAUAAAAAGGGAGAAAUUCGCCCCCCUAAGCUCAAGACAGAAGAUCCCAACAAAUCCUACGUUCAGAGGCCUGUAAAAAGAGGAUAGGUUGUUUGUUCACAGAAGAUCAAUUCAACAGGAAUCCAAGAAAACUUAAUGUGCCCUUUGUAUCAGUUUGAUAUUGUAAUCAUAUUUAUAUCUUGGGUCAUGAGAGGCAUCUUAAUGGAAUGUAUACCUCCAAAUGAAUAUCCAUUCUGGGAUGCUACUACCUAGUACUGAUGCAGAGGGAUUAUUAAUCUAUGUUGCCUUAUAAAUGAUUUUUUUUUUCAAAACCUGUGUGUAUAACCCCAUUUAUAUACCAAGUAGAAUAGUUGUUAGACAUGUUCAUGGAAAAACUUCAUUCUGGUUA